AUGUUGUAUUUGAAGGAGAGUGCUAGUCCUAUUACUGAAAGCCUGUUCGUAAGUAAAGUUUUGGUGCUGGACGGAACAAUCAGGCAGAAGUUACGCAUUACUUCAGAAAUUGUAAAUGCAAAUCAUCUUAUCAACUUAAUUUUCGAAUUUGAUGGUCUUAUUAAUGCUGCUUCAAGUUUAAAGGGAUCUGUAAGAUUAGAACAUUUCCUUCCUUACGCAAAAUGUUUAUUUUUUGCCAGGAUUGGUGACUUUAUUUCAACUUCAAACUACCAGUCUAAGUGUGGCACUAGCGUAGGAUAUAAUCCCGCUAUAACAGCAUAUCGGCUGGCAUUAAAUGCGUUGUUGCCAUCACCUCCAGUGGCGGAGCGUUUAAGGGCAUUGUACGAAUUAGAAUAUAUGACGUUGAAAGCUAUUAUUGAUCAGAAUAAGGCUGAUUACAUCAAAUCGCAGGAAGAUUGUCAGGCUACUUUGCACCUUUAUCGAAUAUUUGGGGAAAAGUCAUUUGGAUGUGACAGAGCACUGUUUAUACGGUCAUCACAGUCUAGUCCAGAUUUAACUGUACUUCCGGAAGGACGCAUUGAAACUUUUUCGAAAGGACUUUUGGCAAAUUCGACAUUUUACUUUUACGUGCAAACGAACCAGACUCCAGUAAAUUUUGUCGAUUCUUUCCUCUCGUCGUUUCCUCAAUAUCCCCCUGAAGAUGACCUUCAUUCUUUUUCAUCUGAAUCUUCAUUCUCCCGUUUAGAUGCUAAGAUAUUUCUCUUGGCCACCUCGGAGUGGUCGCGCCUUCAGAAGUCAACCAAAACAUAUAAUCCCAUUUGUUUUCCUGCAUUAAAUCCUCAAAUCCUAACUACUUGGAAGUCUUUAACCAUUAACAGUGAUAAACAUAAGAAGUCUGAUGUGAUAUCAAAAGUGAAGUUGUAUAAUGCUCUUGAGUUUACUCGCCUUCGUGGCGAACUCCCUGACUUGCGUAUCAUCUUCAAGGUUUUUUGUUGGUUGCAAAGCCAGGGGAGUUCAGCUAAGAAGUUUGCCAGUUUGUAUGCAAAUACAAUUAUCGGAAUUGCAGAAGGCACGGUAACAGGUGUUCGUGGCAUUCGUCAGUCUGACCCUUUUCUCCCACUGGAGCUCUCCAGCAUUAGUACUGAUGAAGAAGAAAAAAUUGUAGAGGCAGCUCAUUCUUUCCUUAACGAUAAAAAUGCAUCAGUUUUUUCAUCAAAGUCUCAUGUUUCCCCGUCUACUUCCACACAUCAAGAGCAGACAAAAGAAGAAGUUAAAGCAGAUCCUGUAGUUGAUCCAGUCUUUGAAAAUCAGGAUGUUGUUGAGGCAGCAUCAAAAAGUACUUCUGAAACUAAAGGGACCAGAGUUGCUGAAAUGGAAAAUAUUUCCGAAGUGAAAGGCGCUCGAGUUACCCGAUUUGUUGAAACAAAAGACGUUGAAGUUUCAACCGAGUCAGAUGCUUCUAUCAGGCUAGAAAGAAUACCGCUUUUAAAGAGGCUAGGUCGGAUAGCGGGAACAACUUUAUUAGACGACCAGUCACUCAAUAUUCAGCAGAUAGCGGCGGUGUGCGACUUAGCUGUAGAUCCUCGUCAAAGUGGAUUUUUUGAGGCAGUGCAGUCGUCUUCAGGGACUACUAAAGAUCUUUAUCAGCCAUCAUUGAAUUGUACUCAUCAGUUACAGAGGAAUAAUGUCGAAUCAAAGCCUGGAGGUUUUACAGAUGUAAGUACUGUAGAUUAUGUAAAUCGUUUUAAGAAAGCCCUUGCUGAGUCGUCGAAGAAGCAGCAGCAUGCAUUAAACAAUAUGCGUUCCUUUAAUGAUACUGCUGGUGAACAGUUGAAGCGAAGGAUAUUGGAUGUUUUUCUUAGUAUGGGUAGUUUUGCUCUUUGA